AUGAAGCAUUUUAGCCACUCCCAUGCCUUGGAACUCUCUGAAGUUCAAGAAACAGAGGAGAUACUCUGCUCAAGUUGUGAGGAUAUACUUUAUGGCAUUGCUUACAAAUGCACAAAACGAAAUUGUGAAUUUACACUCCACAAAUAGUGCUUCGAGUUACCAAAAAAAAUAUAACACGAUUCCCAUCCUAAUCACCCUCUCACUUUGUACCUUACUUUACCCCAACGAGACUCCAUGUGUUUUGGUUGCAAUGCUUGUGGUGAAGAACCAAAAUCCUUUGUCUACGAAUGCCUCAAAUGCAACUUUAGUCUCCAUGCUAAAUGUGCUACAUCUUGGCCUGAAACUGUGACUCGUGAGGAUCAUCAACACUCUCUUGCAAUCCAAUAUAAAUGGCCUUUUUCAAGUGACGAAUAUGUGAAUAUCUUUUGUGAGGUUUGUUAUGGACUUUGCAAUGAUAGCAACUCGCUUUAUUAUUGUGGCGAGUGUAAAUUUGGCACGCACCUGAAAUGCGCUACAGUUAAAAAGGAAGAUGGUUCAAACCUUGAGAACGAAGAAGAAGAAGAAGAAGAAGAAGAAGAAGAAGAAGAAGAAGAAGAAGAAGAGGAUUACAAGAAUAUGAGUGAUGAGCAGAAAUUGUUGAUGCUGAUGAUCAAAGGUCAAGGUCAACAAGCAAGGCUUAAUUUUCAAGCUCAAAUGGCAUAUAUGAACACCCAAACUAUGGCCAAUAUGUUCCGUCAUCGUUAUUAUUAA